AUGGAGCAGAAAGAGCCCCUUCCGAGCACGUUUGCUUGCCUCUUCUGCAAUCACGAGAAUUCCAUUGUAGUGAAGCUGGACAAGAAGCUAGGACUGGGACAUUUGUCCUGCAAGGUGUGCGGACAAAGGUUCCAAACUGGCAUUAACUACCUCUCCGCUGCGGUCGAUGUGUACUCGGACUGGGUUGAUGCGUGCGACGCGGUUGCCAAAGAUACUGCCAAUAGAUACGAAGAGGAUGCUUUCACCGCGCGCGCCAAUCAUCGAACCUACUCCCCAGGCCGCGUUGACAGUCAGUUCGUGGAGGAUUAA